GGUGGCAGCCCGAUCGGUUCGCCGACGGCCGUCGCGGCAGCAGCAGCAGCUGCUGCGGCAGCCGCCGCCGCACUCAACCCUCCCGGGACGCCCACGAACGGUGGCACUAGCACGGACGAUGAACAGCAGCAGCAGCAGCAGCAGCAGCAGCAUCAGCAGCAGCAGCAGCAACACCAGCACGGUCAGCAAACGUCCGUACUGCUGCAGAACAUCAAAUCGGAGCCACAGUACGACGACGAGGACGAGGGCAUGGAGGUGGACCAGGACAACAACAACUCGCUGAACGCUGCGAACGCCAACACUGCCCACAACAACAACAACAACGAGGACGAUUACUACGGACAGCACGAUCAGGGCGUGAUAACGACGGGCAAUGGCAAAACGAUCAAACAUUCCAUACUCGAGCCAAAUAUAGUAUUAAAGCAGAGCGACGAAUGUCUCACGACCAACAAUCAAACGGGUAGCCUGAAUCUGUGCAAGAACGUCAGCUAAUCGGCUCGAUCGCACUGUUGCGGUGGGCCUUUCUCGUUGUUUGGCGCAGCGUCCUCAAACGGGGGUGCAGAGAUGCAAGGAUUGUGGACGGCUUGGGCGGGGCUGGGUGUAGACGAGAAGUGUAGACUGUAGAUAGAUAGUAAGGGAGGACAGUGUAACGUGUAAGCUAACUUAUUUAUUUGCUGUGUGUAUGUGUGAGUCGUGUAAGUGUGACGUAACUGUGAGUAAUGGAAAGGAGGCUGCUUGAGCGAUCAUUGCCUGAUAAUAAUAAUAAUAAUAUUAAUAUUUACAAUAAUAAUAACGAUAAUACGAUGUAGUUAAUUUCGAUCGAUCGAUCUACAGCACGACGAUCGCGAUCGCUCUAGAAGAUAAUCGCACAUGUAAUCGCACUGCAAGGAUUAAAGGGGGAUUUUUGUUUAUUUGGAAUUAGCAAAUCGUGAGCUACGUGUGUGAGUUACAGUUUCGGCGUUUCUCGGCGCCGGGACAGACUGGUUGAAUAGUAUUUAGAUGUAGUAUUUUUGUAACAUUUGUUUUUCGCUCGUUUUUGUCUCUUGAUGUGUUUAUUCUUUGGUUUAUUUUUACUCGCUGAUUGUAAGAAGUUUAAACAAUGGUUCUACCCUUGCACCCUUUUUGUUACUUUUCAUCCCUUGUGUAGUUUCCAUCAUUUAGCGUUGCGUGCGAUCUUUCUGUCUAUAUAUACACACACACACACACCAACACACAAAUCACUCACAAACCUCACACAGGCUUCACGCAAACAAGCACACACACACACACGCAUGUGCGUAUACUUAUUGGUCGUUGCGUUGAUUUUCGAUUGUAAUUCAGGGGUUUAUUUAUUAUCUUUUUGCAUACGUGUGUGUGUGUGUGUGUGUGUGCAGGCGGAGGUGUAUUUGUGGGUUUGUUGCAUGCAUUCACGUGUAAUAAUUGCUAGCGCGCGUGCUAUCGUUGUUGAUUAUUUCUUAGUGUGUUAGGGGCACACGGGGCGAACUGUUGAUGCGACACAAAAGGAAGGCAUUGCCAGCACAGCACCUGUGUGACCUAAUUUAUACAUAUAUACAUACCCAUAUGUUAACGUAAUGAAAAAGGCGAUAUUUGAUGUAUGCGGUCGCAGAGACACGAAACAGAACAACAACAACAAACAACAAUUACAUAUACAGAUACACAUUAUUAACUUAGCUGUAAGCACUCAGUAUCGUGUAAGCGUAUGUAACUAUCCUGGCAGCAGCUGCCACAAAAGACACACCGUUCAGGUCACAGAACGAUACAGGCCGGAAAAGGAAUACCUAAACCCUUCGGACCUCUGCACAUACGAACCUUACGGGGAGGAUGUAAUGCAACGAUGUAGCAAGCAGGAGGUUGCUGGUUGCUGCAGGUCAAAUCAAAUUGUCAGCUCAGGUGUUUUCAUGAUUCUAGUUGUUGUUUGCUGUUUUGUACGUAAAAGAAGAAACGCGUAAACACGCCACCCAAUAAUGUAACAAACGUCCUGCUCGAGAAACAAAGGAAAGAGGGAGAAGAACGUUUUUCCGCAGCGGGAAGUAGUGAGCCUCCAGGAUGGCCGCAAUAGUUUAUAAGACAAGGCGGGGGACAACCCCCAACAGACAGGCAGGCAAGAGGGAAUGGUAUAGAGAGAUUAGCAUAACCACUUUUACGGACAGUUCUGUGCAAUUGUGCAAUCGAGCAGCAAGGAAGAAUUAAAAAAAUUCCCUAUUUGUAAAUCCACGUUCAGGAGUGUAUCCAACAGGCAUAGGCGUAAGAAAGGGCAUACAAUGAAGGACAGGCUUGUACUGAAGACAACAAAACACUCUUCACACAGCUCUCCCAGACAGACAGACAGACAGACAGGUAGGCAGACAGGCGGUUUCUCGGUUAGUGCUGUUUUGUUUCGUUUUGUUAAAAAAAACCAUCCUCAUCAUCAUUAUCAUUCACUUGUAUCCGGGUGUUAGUAUUUAUUUUGUUAUUUGCCGUACACGGCACGAACGGCCGUUCCUGCGAACGUACGAAAGCGCUCGAUCACUUUGUUUUUGCAUGUAAUGAAACUAAACUAUUGCUUCAAAUACACGAUUGUUGUUUAAAAAAAAUCCCUAGUACAUGAACUGCUCGACAGGCGUUUCGUUUCAUUUUUCGGUUCCGUAGCAUUGGGUUUCCGUUUCGAGUGUUGCUGUCGGGCGAGGGCUGUGUGGUGGCGUGAAAGCAGGUUGCGUAUGUAUAAUUAGAUAGCUAUAAACUCCUUAAGCAUUCUUCUCUCUCCGUCACUCAGCGCUAUCAUUGAGUUGGGUGCCGUAGGUGUAGGUAAUAUGCUGUGUAUGUAACUUAUCAUUGGCUACUACUGUUACUCAAACUCUUAUUCAACCUACGAACGAUCGUACUACAUUACCUGAUUUGUUGUGAAAUACUUAUGAAAUAAUGAGAUAUAUAUUAAUAAACUGCGUACAGGAUUUAAACUAUGCUGGCUUAAUUGGGGUACGAAUUUUCGCACGAAGAUUUUCCUUAUUUUGUGUGCUGAAGUUGCUGUGUAUAAACCGACGGUGUUUGGGCAGAGUUAUGUUCACAUUGUUAUCACGAAUAGUUUGUUUUAUUUAGUAUAAAAUUACGACACUGGCUCCCUUGAUAAAAGUAUAAUUGCAAAGCUAUGAUAAAGAUGGGCAAUGUAAGUGUGGCAACGUUUCAUGUGCAUUACAAUACUUAGGCGCUUGUCGUUCAAUCAGCCGCUUGCUCAAACUCGAUCGAAGCGGGAACGAUCAAAUCGUUUGUCAAAAAUGAGAUAAAAGUAUUCUUGGAUGUUUGUAGAAGAUUUUACCAUAUUGUACGCAAUGUACUGAGCAGGACAUUUAUGAAAUAAGUUAAAGCAGCAAAGCUGUUCUAAUCAGCUGAAACAACCGUUCCACUUCGAUCGAAUUUGAGAAAGUAACUUACUAUGUAACUUACGUUUGCUCAAUGUACGUAUGCGUAACUGGCCCGAUAUGUAUGUUUGUAAAAGGACACAGGAAGCUGAAAAUGAAAUUUGUACUGGCCUAUCCUGGGACAAGCGCAGACAGAAUAGAUAGAGUUGACAUCAUAUGGUCGAUUUAAAUACGCUUGAGUGUAGAAAUAUCAGAACAAGUUGGGCUCCUUUAGUAUAAAACCAUUAUCAGCAUACGGUCAGCCAAGUUGAUUCCAGAAACAGUCCACUAAACAUAAAUAUGCAGCAGCAAAUAGAACGUGUUAGCUAUUCAGGUGAAAGAUAAUGCAACGGAUUGUUCAGAUAUUUUUUGUUGUUAUUUUUUAUAGUCAAUGUGCAGAUUAUAAACUUUAAAAAUAUAUAUACACAUA